AUGGAGGGCGCGUACGAUGAGAUUAUUUCUGAUAAUCCAUUCUUUAUACAGUUUAAAAAUGAGUAUUCGAAUUUAUUUCAACAUUGCAUAUCGCAAUCGUGGAUAAUAUGUGUCCCUCGCAUUGGAAGUUUAAAUACACGGGCUUUCGCUAUCGAAGAUUUCUGUGCUCAUGUUUUAGUGCCUAGUGAUGAAUUACCUGAAACACAUUACAGUACACUCACUGAAAAGCAAGUUACCGUUGCAAAUAAAGUUAUCACACUCGAAGUUACUAAAGGUCUGCCAUUACAAAGCCACAUAUUGUUUGAAGAGACAUUUUAUACUGAAGAUUAUAUCAAAUACAAAGUAUGGUGUGUAGAAAGCCCUCUUGAGCCAAAUACAAAUUUAGGAGAUGGUGCAGUAACUAAAGAUUACCUUUUAUCCAUAAAUGACUGUAUUGAUUUACUCUGGACUCAAGCUGCUGGCCGCCAAGUAUUAGACCAGAUAGAACUCAAUGUACAACAAUUUCUUAAGAAAAAUUCUCCAUUGCCUAUAGCCCUCGCCCCUCUUAGUGAUGCAAUAAGCGAAUUGUACACACAGUGCCUUCAAAGUACUUUACAAAAUCGAAGACUUCGUGAGAAAUGUAAAGUUUCUAAACAUUUACUUGAAAAUAUUAAAUUAUCUGUUGAAUGUUACAUGCAACACCUAUUGUUUGAUUCCUUGUUUAAACCAAUUUGUACUAUAUGUGCUUAUGAAGACUCCCAUCUGAAUAAGAAAAUUAGAAAUAUGUGCGACAUUCAGCUACGUGAUCUUGAUAUUAAAAAAGAAUUAUACCAUGCCGUACCCAAAGCAAAACAAAUACUUUCAAAAAUUGUAACUUACAAUACUGUAUUAGAAAAAGUGAUUUGUUUGAAACAAGCUCUCAAUGCUAUUAAUAAAAAAGACGAUAGCAACAAUGUUGUACUCUUAACUGCUGAUGACUUAUUGCCCGUUUUUGUUUUUCUGCUUAUUAAAUCUGGUUUACCAAAUUGGUACAGUCAACUUAAAUAUAUGAAAGAGUUUCGUUUUAGUGGGGUUGGAAAUGGAGAUGGUGAUGAAAGUGCAUUUUUGAUUACAACAUUAGAAGCUGUUAUAGAGCAUAUUCAAUCAGGGGCUCUAGCAGGACCACCUAAUCCAGAAUCUUACUAUUAUGAAAGUAAUCUUACAGAAGAUAAUUUAAGUGAUAGUAAUAGAAAAAAUAGUUUGACAGAAUCAAUAUCUACGUGUGAUACAAAUAGUAGAGAAGAAACACUCGAAUAUGUAUUUGACCUCAUAAAAGCAAAUAACUCUGAACAAGUGCAAUAUUUGUUAGAAAAAAACCAUAGACAUUUGCAAAGUCUUCAACAGAAUGAAAGAAGUGCUGUUAAAUUUGCAGAAAAUCAAGAGGAUGACGAUGAAGAUGAGAAUGAUGAUGAUUAUGAAACAGAAAUAUACCAAAAGCUCUGUCAUCCAUUAUGUAGCUGCAAAAAAUGUUGCUCCAAAAUAUCAAAAAACCUUUUGAAGACAUCACCAACAGUAUCAUCAAGAGACAGUCAUGGUUUAACUCCGUUGCAUGUAGCAUCUAUACAUGGAAAAGCAAAUAUUGUUGAGAUUCUUAUUGAUAUGGGAGCUAAAAUAAAUGCAACAGAUCUUAAUGAAUGUACACCUUUACAUUAUGCUGCAUCUAGAGGACAUCAAAAUGCCUUACUCUUGUUAUUACACUCAGGAGCAUUGAUCAAUCAGGCAAAUAUUGAUAAAAAUACUCCCUUACACUUAGCAGUAAAUAAUGGACACAUGAACUGCAUUAAAGCUCUUAUAUAUUUUGCAGAGCAUGGAAGAAAACAACUUAAAAUAAAUUGCACAAAUGAACAUGGAAAUACUCCAUUGCAUUUAGCAGCAAAAUGGGGAUACGAAGGAAUAGCAAAAUUACUGAUAGAAAAUGGUGCUGAACCAUCUCUACAAAAUCAUAAUAAUAAAACUGCAUUUGACUACGCUCACAACUUAAAAAUAUUACAAGUGCUUAAAUCAAGUACUCCCAAUUUGUAUGAGUAUAUUCAUAUAACAAGUACAGAUGUAAAAACUUUAAAUUGUAAAACUGAUAAUCCUGUCACACUUAAAUUGCAAAGUCUCAAAAUAAGGAACAAUGAAACAAACAAUGUUACAAAGACUGUGGAAAAUCUUAAAAGAAUAGAAAGAAUUUUACAAGCAAUAUCUUACGGAGACGUUAAACUUGCUUGUUUUUACAUGAAUAUAAAAUAUGAACAUUAUGCUAAUACAAAUAUGACAACCAACAGAUCAUCUUGUCAUCCUCUAUGUGAAUGUCAACUCUGCAAAAAAACCCACCAGACUAUAUCAGACUAUGACAUAAACUUUGCCGACUCUAAUGGAUUGACAGCUCUGCAUUAUGCUGCUAGGUAUGGAUUAGAUGAACUAUGUAAAAUUCUUUUACUAAAUAAUGCCAAUAUAAAUUCUAGUAAUCGAAAAGGUCAAACACCUUUACACUUGGCAGCCUUGAAUAAUAAGAUUAUGGUCAUUCGUUUUCUUCUUGAUAAUGGAGCCAAUAUAAACGCAAUUGACUUAUCUGGUAACACACCCUUACACGAUGCGUCUGAAGUCGGCAAUAUUGGCGCAACUAAAAUGUUACUGAAUUAUAAUCCGAAUUUAAAUAUGUUAAAUGGAUCAGAAAAGUCAGCAAUUGAUGUGGCUAAAGAAAAACUUCAUUUAACAAUCAUAGAUUUAAUUGAAAAACAUACAAAUAAAAUGAAAUAAAUGUUAAUACUCUAGUAAGUAAUGGGUGUAUAAGCUAAAUUACAAAUCAACAUAAUUAUUAUGUUAAAAAUGUUAUAUGAAUAAUUAGAUUAUCAACACAUAGAUUAAAAUGUAACAAAUUUAUUUUGUUAUAAAAAUUAACUAUUCCAUGAUGACUAAAAGAUCUCCUCCAAUAUCAAAAGACCGUAGAUUAUAAAUUUUUCAAUGUAGUUAAAAAAAAAAAUUUAUACUGUCGUAUUUCGUAUUAUUUAUAUAUAUUCUUUUU